AGUUCAUUCUAUGGCAGAUUCAGGCACUUCCUGGACAUCAUCGACCCCCGCACUCUGUUUGUGACUGAGAGCCGGCUGAAGGAGGCAGUGCAGCUGCUGGAGGAUUACAAACAUGGCACUCUGCCCCCAGGAGUCACCAACAAACAGCUGUGGGGAGCUCAAAAAAUCAAACAGGCCAUCAUCCACCCCGACACCAACGAGACCAUCUUCAUGCCUUUCCGAAUGUCAGGUUACAUCCCCUUUGGAACCCCCAUCUCUGUCCCGCAGUGGUUGAACCAGAGCCACAACGCGUGUGUGAACUAUGCAAACCGCAACGCGAGCAAGCCUUCUCCGACAUCCAAGUUCAUCCAGGGCUACUUGGGAGCUGUCAUAAGUGCUGUCUCAAUAGCAGUGGGCCUUAAUGUUCUGAUCCAGAGAGCCAACAAGUUUACCCCGGCCACUAGGCUGCUGAUCCAGAGGUUUGUGCCAUUCCCCGCUGUCGCCAGUGCCAACAUCUGCAACGUGGUCCUGAUGAGGCACACGGAGCUGGAGGAGGGAAUCGAUGUGUUGGACACUAAUGGGAACAUCGUCGGCUCUUCCAGAGUUGCUGCCAAACACGCCCUGCUGGAAACAGCCCUGACCAGAGUGGUCCUCCCCAUGCCUAUACUGGUUCUACCUCCCAUCAUCAUGUCCGUGCUGGAGAAGACGUGGCUGCUGCGGUGCCGGCCCCGGAUGCUGCUCCCGGUGCAGAGCCUCGUGUGCCUGGCUGCCUUUGGGCUGGCCCUGCCCCUGGCCAUCAGCCUCUUCCCGCAGAUGUCCGAGAUCGAGACAUCCCAGCUGGAGCCGGAGAUCGCCAUGGCCACCACCAGUAAAACUGUGGUCUACAACAAAGGCUUGUGAGUGCAAGAGGAGCAUCCCAACCCAGGAGGCCUGGGGAGGGAAGAGGGGAAGCUCCAGCCCUGGAGAAAGCAAACAACAGCAAGAAGAAGAUGAAAUAAUAGAGCUCAGUGAUAGGAGAUGCUCCCGGCAGCCCGGGAGUGAAUUAACACCUGCAGAGAACUGACACCUCACACCACUCAAAAAGAUUAAUAUUAAAAGUUUUAACUUAGCAACAGGAGCAGCAACUACAACAAAUAAAAUCACGUUGAACCACUUUAGAACUA